CCACAAAAACUCCAGACCACUUCCGGUGUUGAUGUUUACUGUUGAUGCACGUAGCGUUCUUCGACCAUGCCGACCGGCUCUUAAAAAUAACAAUGAUGGUCGAUUUUGCUGUGUUCCUCAAUGUACAGUUCAAGCCUACAAAUGUCUAACAUUAUCCUUUCAUGGAAUUCCGAAAGAUGAACAAAUGAAGAAGAUUUGGCUUGUAAGAAGAGACGAAGGGCCACUCUUUCGGAUCAGAAAUUGGACAAGGGUUUGUAGCAGGCUUUUUGUGCCAGAAGAUUUUCGCCCUUUGACCUUAAAAGGAAAACAAAGAAGACUUAAAUCAGAUGCUGUACCAAGUUUGUUUACAUGGAAAAACUUUCAAUGUGGAAAAGAAAGAAAUCAGCCUGCAGUGCGCCAUCCCAUGUCACAAGCAAAUGCCAACACAAAUCAGAGUGAAAACGUGGGCGCAGAGACUGCAACUGCAACAGAGGCUAUUAAUUAUUAUAUGAUGAGCAAGAGUAAUUUAUCAUGUAUGACAACAUAGAUGUGUGUGUGUAUAUAUAAUGCAUGCUAAAUUAUUGCUCAUUAUACUCCGAAUGCAAAAAAUUUGGAAUCAUUUCUUACAGAAUAAACAAUGAAAUUUA